AUGAGGAGAUGGAAGCGGGGUUUAAGCAAAAAGCUGUUCCCUCCCAGUCCGGGCAAGCUGGGCAAGUACACGAUCCGUAUGGUCACCGGCUUGGCGGGCUCCAGCGACCUGGUGCAGCUGUGGCUGCUGGGCGAGCACGGAGAGGCGGCCCUAGAGAAGCGGCUGGGGCCAGUACGCCUGCUGGAGACAGAGUGUGACGUCGACGUCCCCCUACACCUGGGGCGCCCCCUGCUGGUGAAGCUACGCAAACACAAAGGCUUGUUAGAUUUCGGCUGGUUAUGCAGGUGGGUCACCGUGACGGGCCCCGGAACCCAGGGCCAGGCCCUUUUCCCCUGCUAUCGCCGGGUGCAGAGCGACGGGAUCAUCUGCCUGCCCGCGGGCACUGCCCGGACUGUGAGCUAUGACCCCCAGAAUCUGUUUAAGAAAGAUCAGGAGCAGGAGCUCAAGGCAAGAAGGAAGGUGAACCGGUGGAGCUCCUGGAAAGACGGGAUAAUCCUGCCUAUAGCAGGGAAUACGCAGCGGGAUAUUCCCAGGAAUGAGCAGUUCCUCGAGGAUGAGGAUUUGGACUUCACUCCCUUUCCGGCAAAAGUCUUAGGCUUGGCCCUCAAGGAGACAUUGGAUCUCACAAAUUCUGUGAAAAGACUGGAAGAUUUCAAAAAAAUAUUCCCGUGUGGAAACACUGGCCUGGCUGAGCAGGUUAGAAAUUCCUGGAAGGAUGAUGCACUGUUUGGGUACCAGUUCCUCAACGGUGCAAACCCCAUGCCCCUGAGGCAUUCCACCAGCCUCCCAGCCCGGCUGGCACUGCCUCCAGGGGUGGAAGACUUAAAGACCCAGAUGGAGAAAAAACUCCAGGCUGGAUCUCUGUUUGAAGCUGAUUUCUCCCUGCUGGAUGGGGUCAAGCCUAAUGCCAUCAUUUUUAAGCACCAAUAUGUGGCAGCUCCUCUGGUCGUGUUGAAGCUUCAGCCUGAUGGAAGACUCUUGCCCAUGGUUAUCCAGCUCCAGCCAUCUUGUCUCAGAUGCCUGCAACCUGUGCUGUUCCUGCCCUCGGAUCCCCUCAUGGCCUGGCUUUUGGCCAAGACCUGGGUCUCUAGCUUUGAUUUCCAGCUGUACCUAUUACAGUCACACCUGCAGGGACACCUGAUGGCUGAGGUUAUUUCUGUGGCCACAAUGAGGAGCCUGCCCAGCCUGCAUGCUAUCUACAAGGUGGCCAGCACUGGUAGGGGAGGCCAUGUGGACAUUCUCCAGACCACAACUUGUUUGACCUAUUGUUCCUUCUGCCCUCCUGAUGACCUGGCUGAUUGUGGGCUCUUGGAUGUGAAAUCUUCUCUCUGUGGCCAAGAUGCCCUCGGGCUGUGGAGAAACAUCAGCUGGUACAUGGAGGGGAUGGCUGGUCUUUUCCACAAGAAUGAUGAAGCCGUGAAGGAUGAUCCAGAGCUGCAGGCCACUGAGACUGGCCCAGGGUUGUCCAGGACGGGAACUCGGGCAAACUCACCCACUGCCGUGGGCCGCUACCGCAUCCGCGUGGCCACCGGGGCCUCGCUCUUCUCCGGGUCGCACAACCGCGUGCAGCUGUGGCUGGUCGGGGCGCGCGGGGAGGCGGAGCUGGAGCUGCAGCUGCAGCCGGCGCGGGGCCAGGUGUCGGGAGGAGGGAACGCUGUCGUUGGAGGCCUUGUCAACGGAGACUCCACAAAGGUCCCCGCCUCUCUUCGGCCCCACCCCGCCUUUGACCCCCCCAACCCCAGCCCCAACCCCCGACAAAACGGCCUCUCCCGGUCCCUGCUACUAAGUCCCGCCGGGUUGUGGCCUCCGCAGGACGAGGAGUUUGAUCACGACGUUGCGGAGGACUUGGGGCCACUGCAGUUCGUGAAGUUGCGCAAACACCACUCCCUGGUGGACGACGCGUGGUUCUGCGACCGCAUCACGGUGCAGGGCCCGGGAGCCUGCGCGGAGGCCGCCUUCCCGUGUUACCGCUGGGUGCAGGGCGAGGGCGUGCUGAGCCUGCCCGAGGGCACCGAUUUCCAACUGCAGGAGCUCCAAUAUCACUUGCUGAACAACCAUCUGCUGGCUAAAGUCAUCGCCGUGGCCACUUUCAGCCAUUUUGCCUCCAUGUGCAUCUUCAUAUACACCGGUCAGUGUGCUUCUGCCAACCUGGGCCAGCUGGACUAUCACUCCUGGAACCCAGGUACCACGCAGAAGCCACCACACAUCUCCAAGGAUAUGACAAAAAAGGGUAUUGUAGACUCACUGCUCUGUCUCCACCAGGCCCAUAUGCUCAAAAAGGUCAAGAAAAAUCUGUCGUCCUUUGUGGCUUUCAUCUUCAUGAUUACAAAUGGCUUCUGA